AUUCCUAGCUUGUUGGCAGUCUACAACACAACCAAUAUUUUUCAUCAAAAGAAAUGACAAGUGGCGAAAAAUUACCGAGUCUUAAGCUUGAUAUGAAUGUUCCGGUUCGAAACAAAUGGCAUCCGGUAAAGGUACUCGGAUCAGGAGCAUUUGGAAAAGUAGUCCAUGUUGUCAAUAUAGUGGAUGGUUCCGAUGGGGCAAUGAAAAUGGAAAAGUACCAGGAGGGAAAUGAAUCAGUGCUUAAAGGUGAAGUAGAGGUGUUGCGUGCAUUGUCAGGCCAGAAGAAUGCAAUACAAUUGCUGGAUAGUGGAUUGGAACCCGAUUAUCGAUUCAUUGUAAUGACAUUAUGUGGAAUGGAUCUACAGAAGGUCUACAAUCUAUUGAAAGGACAGUUCUCCGAUUCUACAGUUCUUCGUGUUGCAAUUCGAAGUCUACAUGCAGUCAAAGCGCUUCACGAAGCAUGCUACAUACACCGAGACUUGAAGCCAUGCAACGUUACAUUGGACUACAACGAAUAUUCGCCGUUAAUUUUUCUCAUAGAUUUCGGAAUGGGGCGAAAAUAUGCAAAGAUUGAUGAAGGAGAGUACGUCAUUCGACGUCCACGAGAUGCGUGCCGUUUCCGUGGUACAAUUCGCUAUUGCUCUCCCCGUAUGCAUCUUCGUCGUGAGCAGGGACGUGUCGAUGACCUCUACGCCUGGCUCUACAUGAUCGUCGAGCUGAAAGUCGAGCUGCCAUGGUCAGAAGUGGUGCAUCCCGACAGGAUCGAGUUUUUGAAGCUGGAAAAGUUUGAUGCAGCUAUGGCUAGCAAUCCACUCACAAAAUCAUUCGAACCAAUCAUGGAUCAUUUGAAGACGCUUAGAUAUCCCGAUCGUCCAAAUUAUUUGAUGAUCUACGAGCUCUUGGCGAAGAUGAUGUCGGACUUGAAUGCCAAGCACACUGAUCCAAUGGAUUAUGAUGUUUUUCGGAAGAAGAAUGAGGUGACCGAUGCUAUCAAGAAAAAGUACCAAACGCGAUCAAGAUUGCCUGAAAAAGCAUUAGAGGAGAGCGCUACGAUUGCAGUACUUGAAGAGGCAUUCCGUCCAAAAACAUCCGACGUUCCCGGAGGUGACCAGUACGUGGUGAAGCCUCUUUUGAAGCUGUCAUGGGGAUCGGUCGUUGCUGCAUCUGAUUUUCCAACUGCGGAUGAGGUAGAAACAGUUGAAGAGAAAGAUCUGAAAAAGAAGCAAGACGCCAAGAAUCAAGAAUCUGAUAAAAGAAAGAACUCGGAUCGAAAAAAGAAAAGUGAGAGAAAGAAGAAAGGAUCGAAAGGAGACAUGAUUCUGGAGAAGUCGAAAGAAACGAAGGAUCAUAGAGAAAGUGGACGUCGCCUCACUGAUCGGGAAGCUAAUGCUGUUGGCGGAAAAUCCAUCGAUGCCAAGUCAAAGGGAAAUAAGGAUAUGGAGCAAAGGACUAUCAUGAUUGACAAACCUGGAAGCAUAACUCCGAAGAGCAAACGGUCGAGAACAACAACUAAAAUUCCACAUAAAACUCCACAUAAAUCUCAUCUCAGAAAGGAGAAGCAGGAGUCGUCAGCCAACUCGAAGAGAUUGAAUGUUGCCCCAUUGGUUCAUCCCACAGUGCUUGUAGUCCCUGCAUCCAAGAAAAAACCAAAAGGAACUUGAAUCAUUUAGUAUGAAUACUACUCGAAUAAAUUAGUUUUUGACUUUCA